CAAGUCGUAUUUAUUGUAAAACGAAAAGCAUCAUUCAUAAGGGGUCUUCAGAUUCAUGUGCUAAAGAGAACACUCGGAACUUGUGGCAGAUUUGGAAUGUGGUCUUGUGGAUUGUACACAAUUUAAUUUAUUCGUCGGCCGUAUUUUUCCCCACACUCACCCCCUCUCACGGUACUACGUAAUAGAUGACUUUUACCAGCAUUAAUUAUACACAAUCGACAGUUCGUAUCUAGGUUACAGAGGAUUCGCUUUCAAGUGGAAGAAGAUCUGUGGUGGGAAUAAGUAAGGUGUGUUCAUGUGUGGCUGAUGAGACGCAGAGCAUGGUCAUCUUCCACCGCACGCACAAAAAAAAGAGCAAAUGUGCAAUUUUUUUUCUGUUUAUUUUUGUCGUUACAAAGAAGUUUCCGACCUUCACUCAUCAGCCAUGUUCAGAAUCGCAGCCUCAAUAUGAAGUUCCUAGAGAGAUGCCCCCUUCCGCCCUUCUAUACCUUCACUGUAACGAGAAAGUUGUUUCGUUGUGGAACAAACGUUCCUCAGUCGCCUUCUGUCCGUCAUCGAGAACCGUGUUAUUUCUGUCUCCAAACCUCCUCGCGGGCGUGCAAUUUGACGUGUCUUACGGGAUUGCUUCAGAGAGAGACACAGUUCAUUCGUCCUUCACCUACUUGCGGAUCAGCAUCUAGGAUGAGAAGUUCAAAGGUCAUAUUCCUGGUAACUACAUUCACAUGGCUCCAUCUUGUAGCUGCAGAACCUGCACCAGAUUCACCUGAGACAAAUGAGGCAGAUCACAGCCAUUCUGCAGGUUGUGACUGCAUGGAAUACUGGACUUGUGUCAUGAGUGGAGGAAGCCCAUACAGCUACUGUGGACUGUCUGAGUCCAAUGUAUGCUGCUUUGUGCCACAAGGAGCCAAACCAGUGGGACUGUUCCCUUCCAACAUAGGACGACCUAACAAAGGAAGGUGUGGCAAAAAGGGAAAUGGUUCUGGAAAGGAUGGAAUUGCUGAACCUUCUGAGUGGCCAUGGCAUGCAGCAGUGUUAGAGAAGCCAGAUGACCUGUAUGUAUGUGGGGCUUCACUGCUAGAUGAAAGCUGGGUUCUCACUGCAGCGCAUUGUGUAGAUGAUUAUGUGUCUACUAGAGGGGAGGCUCUCAAAGUGAGACUGGGAGAACACGACGUGACAUCAACACAAGAGUUAUUACGUCAUGAGGAGUAUGAUGUAGCAAGUGUGGUGCUUUAUCCAGGGUUUGACAACGCAACCCUUGCUCAUGACAUCGCUCUAAUUCAUCUGCGACAUCCUGCCAAACAGAGACCCAACAUUGAUGUUGUUUGCUUGCCUAAACAAGGCUCCAAUUUCCCAGAUACAACAGCUGAGAUCCAAGCACACACCAGCUGUGUCAUCACGGGAUGGGGUCGGCGGUCUGAAACAUCUGAACACUCUGUUAUUCUGAAGGAAGUGAAAGUUCCAUUGUGGCAAAACUCAGCCUGUGAGAGGGCACUAAGACAGCAGUUUGGAAGCAGUUACUCAUUGCCAAACACCUCCAUCUGUGCUGGGGCAAAGGACAGGGAUGCAUGUGAUGGAGAUGGUGGAGGCCCCUUAGUGUGUGAACAGAGUGGUCAGUGGUACCAGGUUGGAAUUGUCAGCUUUGGCAUUGGCUGUGGUCGCCGUAAUACUCCAGGGGUGUACACAAGAGUGUCCAUGUAUGAACAGUGGAUUAAAGAUAUUAUCCUACGCCACAAGAACAGACAAUAGUGUUUCCAAAAUUAUAAACAGUGGUAUAGUGAGAAAUUACCCAGAAGGCUGGCCCUUACUGUGGUGGUGUUGUCUCUCAGUGGUAUCAACAUUCUUCUUCAUAUUAGUAAAACUGACUCCACAGCAAAAUACUUAUAACAGACAGUGCCCACAAAAUAUGUUUGAUGUUUGACUUUCAUGCUGAAUAAACCUGAGGUCAGAUAAGAUUACCAAAACUAGAGUAGUCUUUCAGACCUCUUGUCACUAUUAGUGCUACAGAAAACCCACAUCACCAGUAAAGGGUUAAUAAGAAAAGAAAAGAGAAAAAAUUAUGCACAAAGUUGCCCCAACACCAUGAUAAAAGUUAAGAAUAUAAAAGUGUAUAUAAUGAGUAAAUUAUGUAUAUAUAAUAUUUUAAUUCUGAGAGUGAAUGUGCAUCUUAACCAGCUCAUCAAUAAAGAAGAGAAAUUACUGAUUAAAACAUUAUUCAGUAAUUGGCCUGACUGUUCAUUUGAACAUGAUAUCCAUAAUUUCAGUAUAUACAAUCUGAAUUUUAUAAAACAUUUGGAAGGAUUCAGUAUUUAAAAAAUCAGUCUUCCUUAUCUGGCUCUUGAAAUUUUAAAAUAAGUGCAUAGUACUGGGAAUGAAAUAUACCAAUGUAUAAAACAAAUGAAAGCAGGUAUUGAGACAUGAUAUGUCUGAUACAAAAUGAACAGUAGGCCUACAACUUUUACAACCAUGUACUAUUUGAGAAAAUCCUUGAAAAUUUGUCACACAUAUAUAUAAUGCAGUGAGUGCUCAUGUUGCUGUGAGUCUGUCAUGUAGUGAUAUAUUGGCAGACAUAAAAAUAAGAAGAAAUAGAUGUGUCAUAAAUGAGAGAUGAAGAAACUCAGCUUGAUAUACAUGGUUGUCUGAAGAGAUAUAUACGGAUGUACAAAAGGAACACCCAUGGUAGUAUUUUGAAAGAAAUGCUACAUGUAACAAGCAAAGAAAAGAUCAUAUGAAGGCAGGCAGUAGAUGAUACCAUAGAAUUAUUAACCUAUAGUGCAAGGAAACCAAAGACACAGGGGAAAGAAGAUUCUAAGGACAGUAGAGACACUAAAUUACUUAUCUUUGAAGACAAGAAGAAUACAAAGGUUACUGACAGACAAAAAAAUAAAAGUGGCAGAUGUGAGAAUUUCAAGAUCUUUACUUGGAUGCAUACAGAAAAAGCCAUGUAAUAAUAUUUUGGUAGAUAAUACACUAAACACCCAUUAUAACCAUGGAUAUCAGGGGACAACUUCAACAACUGCAUUAUAAUUCUGUAGAACAGCAUCCCAAAGUGUAUUUUUCAGAUACUUGAUGUUUGUUUACUAGUCACUUUUUACAAACACUUUCUAAAUGUUUAAUGAACUACAAGUUUCAGAUGUAUGCAGUCAUCUUCAGGUAUGAUGGGUUUACAUAGCUAUUGCAAUCUAGUUUUAAAACAAAGAAUUCCAAUCACUCUUGUUAUUUUCUAAAAUAUUAUGCAUUUGUAAUAAAAUGUUUCAUUACUAAAACUUUAUGAACCUUGUAAACUUUUUGUGGCACACCUAUACGUGGUUAUCUGUAAAAAAAGUAUUUUUUUAGUAGUAAGUUGUUUCGUUUUUAUAUGUAGUUGUGUGUAUGAAAUUGUUUUCUUACCUUAGUGUGUCUUAAUGUUAAAUCACACUUUGAACAGUUUGUAUGUUUCUCUAAAGGAGGGGAUGGUAUUUAUGCUGCUAUGUGAUUGUUUUCUAAGUAUCUUUAUUUUUUCUUUGAAAAUUGGAUUACUGUGAUGUGUUAAAUUUCUUGAUAUGUGUUUACUGUUUGCUUUCUAGGAAUAUGUGAUAUUUCUCAAGACUAUCUACAAUUUUUUU